CAUGAUUUAUAAUUUCGACGGCUACAAUUACUCAGUCAGAUCCUGUGAAUGCUUUGGAACAAUUUGGUUUUUAGAUUUGUAUUUUAUGGAACUAAACAACGUAACGUUUUAUUGGACAGUACAGAUCAUAAAGAUAACCUUAUUUCAUUUUUAACAAAGAAGCAGACAUGAUAACUAGGUUUGAGAUGAAGAGAAAUAAAAGUUAAGCUAGAUUUUUAAAAAUAAUUGGAUGAUGAUUGGAGACUAAUUUAAUGCAAAAAAGGAUCGACUGGAAUAUCUGUUUUUAAAAUGAAAAUCAACAAAGAAUGAAACUCAGCUUGAACGACUAAAAUAUGAUGUCGGCUUUUCAAGUAAUCCUGAGAGAUUGGGUGAAAACAAGCGGCUUCCUCACGCACGAACUUGUCAAAAGAUUCUUCAUCAUAUACCCUCUCAUCUGCAUCGCUUCAGAUUGUUACCUCCAGGUUCAGGUCGCUUUCCAGGCAUGGUUCGAGACCAUCGAUAGUGGAGCAGCCGCUCAGGCGGAACCCCAAGCUUCGGCGCCCAGCCUGCCCCAAGAGGUCUCGAUGGCUUCCACCGAGGCCAACGUGACGCGGGCCAGCAUUCCCAGCUGGGACUCCAGGCCUCCGGUAGUCGGCGAACCUGGGAGCGACCCCGAGCAGCCCAUCGACGUCGAGGAAGCUGUGCGUCUUCUUGCCGAAGACUUGAGAUCUGAAAUAAGCAGUGCAGAAGAUCGUUGGGAAUAAAAGUCCAAGAGCCAAACCUAUCUAUAUCUGGUUUCAUCACAAAAAAGAUUAAUCUCCUAUUACUCUAUAGUUAUUUAACAAAUAAUGUUAAAUUAAUUGCUUAUAAUAAUUAAUAAAUUGAUAUUUAAAA